ACAAAGACAUAAACAAAGUCAUUGACUCCUCGGCCCAUUGAUUCACUCUAUCAAUCGGACGACAAUGUCAAGUUUUGCGAAUCCGGCAAUCAACAUGAACCACAUCAUCGCAAAAGCCGAAGCGCUACACCUUGAGCGCCAGAUACUAGCUCCUUAGGCACUGUACCCGACUCAAGGAUAUACCGUCAAACGUGUCGCGGGGUCUACCACCAUACUAUCGCCAGCGAUGCUUGGUCGAAAGCUCAAUCACACUUACGGAUUCGCAUUGGAAGGAGAGGUCACCAUGGAUGAUCUACAUGCCAUCGAGGCUGCGUACAAGCAGAAUGGCGUCCAUCCAGAGAUCGAUAUGUGCGAUUAUGCCCAUGGUUCAGCAUUCGAUCUACUGUCGGCUCAGUACACAGUCACUGGCUCGCUCUGCGAAUAUCAACAAUCUCUUUCCGGCUUCCAGGGUCCAGAUAUCCUCAGAGGCGAUAUGAAUAUCUCGAUACUCGGUCCAGAAGAUCACAACACGUUUAUCCAAGCGUCUGUAGACGGCUUCAGUAGCACUGGCCGUGCACCAGAGCUUCUAGAAGUCCUCGCGGAAAGCGCUGCAGCUCGGUCCGAUACAAUAUUAUUCUCAGCUUCUCUGGACGGCGAACUCGUCGGCACUGCGGCAAUGGCAAUGAUUGACGUAGAAGAUAUCAAAGUCGUGGUUUUCUUUAUCGACAGUUGUCUGCCGAAUGCCAGAGGAAAGAGUGUCCACAAAGCGUUACUCCUGGAGAGACUUCGGGUAGCCAGAGAUCGAGGAUGCGACGUAGCAGUUGCUACGGCGAGAGAAGGUUCUAUCAGUGGAAGAAAUAUUGAGAAAGUUGGGUUUAGGCGAGCGUAUUCUUGCAAGACUUAUACGAAGAACCAGUGAUUAGGGGAGGAAGGAGGACUGAAAUGCGUUGGUGGCCUGGAAGCUCAUGUCGUUCCUUCCAACUUGCGUGUCAAUGUAUCGAACGACAACUUUGUCUUGUGAUCUCUGAUGCUGAAACUCAAUUUCGAUGCUCAGUCGUGCUUAUCAUCCACGUGGUCUUCAGGAAGACAAACUCUUGGUUCGCGAGCUCAUUACAAAAUCCUCUCUCAAACUCAAGUGCAUCUGAGUCAAUU